ACCUUUUCCCUUGGCAACCACUUCCUCCGAGCAUCAACGGCCAUCUUUAAUUUUAACUCAUUCAUGAAAAGUUGUUUCGUUCAUUUACUCACGCCGACCGACACAUUUGCACUCAAAGCAGCGUCACUGGCGCUGUGUGCAUGUUGUUUCCAGCUAUAAGCACAAAGCAGAGCCGAGCGGCACCGCAGCAGGCUGUCCACCGAGAUUAAGUAAACACCGAAAGCAAUGAGAAAGAAGCAGACUGCCAAACAGAGGAAGACUGAGGAGACUACAGUUGUCCAGGAGUUUGUGGUUGAAAAAAUAAUUCGUCGCAGAAUCUUGAAUGGAAGAGUGGAGUACUUCCUGAAGUGGAAAGGCUUCACUGAUGCAGAAAACACAUGGGAGCCCGAGGACAACCUCGACUGUCCUGAACUCAUUGAGGAGUUCCUGAGAAACGCCCACUUUUCAGAAGAGAAUGAAGACGAGCAACCCGAACAAGAGUUUGUUCCCAAAGAGGAAAUGGCAGAGGAGGAGACAGAAAUUUCCUGCAUGCAGUCUCAGCAGCAGGCUCAGGCUGUGAAGACUGACAACAGCGUCCUUCGGCCAGAUGAUGAACAGUCAGACUCCCCCACUGACCUCAGUACUUACCUCGAGCCUGAAUGCAUCAUCGGCUCCACGGACAGAAAGGGAGAGCUCAUGUUCCUAGUCAAAUGGAAAAACUCAGAUGACGUUGCCCUGCUGCCGGCCCGUGAAGCAAGCGCCAGAUGUCCCCAGGUGGUCAUCGACUUCUACGAGCAGAAGCUGACCUGGCACUGCGGCGACGACGAGCAGUAAAAAAUGUGUGUGGGUUGUGUGCAGAGGAGAACUGAUAAACAGCUGUGCUCUCAUCUGAAGCUUAGUUUUAGCCUCCAUCAAAUGUCCUCCUUCAGCUGGCAUCAGAAGCACUCUGUGUGAAAUCACAUCCCCCUGCAGGUGGAGUUUCAGACUCUAGCAGGUGCGAGAUCCUCAGCGGUGAUGGAUUUUAAGUGCUCUCUGCCUCGUGGUGCUCAAAAAGGGUCACUGUGACUUUGAGGACACUGCGAUGGAGGCUCAAGCUAAACUUUGGGUAGAGGAGUUGAUUUGAGGUCAGACUAACCUGUUGCAGCUUUUUUUCCCCCUGUGUCAUCAUGUAGCGGACUCGAUCACUGUGGACGUGUUUUGGUUUGUUCUGAGUAAUUUAGUAUUUAUAGUUCUGUUUAGAUGCCAGUAUCUUACACUGGGACGGGCCUGUGAUUGUCUAGUGUGUGCUUUACAUCCUCCACAGCAGCACUAUAAUGGCAGAGCCGGCUAACUGCUGUCGAAGUCCAUACCUUCAGUCUAUGUAGCUUUUGAUUAGAGCUGAAGAUUGUAGCCCUGUUGUUGGAAUGCCUCUUGUUUGAACUUGUAUUGUGUGAGGUGUUUAUAGACACCUCAGCCUUUACUGUAUCUGUUUAUGACCCUUGUGGUUGAUGUUAAAUAUAUUUUAAAAAAAAAAUGUUGCCCAGCGGAAAUUCCCUCGAUUUCAAUCAGCUGCUGUAAAUCUGAUGUUUUCUCAUGUUUGUUGAAUUCGAAUGUUUCAAAAUGAUUUAAAUAUUUGGUGCUUUUAUCUAAAGGGAAACCCUGUAGAACUCUUCAAAAGAUCGUUACAAUUUCUUGAGUAAAAAUCUAAUGAAAUUUUCACAUGUUGAAACUAACUUUUGUGCACCAUAAACGCGUAAGGCGAUUGUUAAAUGUAGCACUUUAGAUAUGAGACUGUCCAGUCAUACAGGGCAUUCAUUGACUGUAAUUAUACAGUUCUGUGUACUUUAUAUACUUUAUACCUGUAUCCUGCUGGCAUUGUCCUGACUUGACAUAUCUCCCACGACUGCUGUGGGACACUCAGCUGAACCUUAAACCUCCUAAAACACAUCUGCUACUGAACUACUGUAACUGUUGACCAUGGAUCUGUGAAGUCUGUGAAUAAAUGAAACCUUUUGUGACA